UGAGACCCAACCUGUGGAAACCGCGAUGAACAGCUGAUCCUUCCAUAGUGGAUAAACCCUUCCACGAUGGUCUCCGUCAGAUCAUGAUGUCUGCUCCUACGCAUGGCACUAUGUGAUUAGUUAUUGGACUAACAGAGAAAGGAAGUUAUUACAAGAAGAAAGAUAAUAUAAAUAUAUAUUAUAUUGGACCUCAAAAUUAAAGAUAAGGUGUUUGAUUUUCCUUGGAUCGGACCGAGCCCACUGUGCGCUGUUCGGUGCGUAACCGACUCUCCAUCAUGAUAUUGCCAAGAGCGCUUCUCUUCAUUUUGUCUUUCUUUUUGGCUACAUUCCUCUGCUACCUGCCUAAAGUCUCAGCGCAGAAGUCUGGAUCACGGUGGCUGAUUGGGGAACGAGACAGUCACUGCGGGACUAUAUGCUCACGUACCCUCGGGAAGCAUGUGUGUGGCUCCGAUGGGCGGACCUACGAGACAAACUGUGAGCUACAGAGGGCCCGCUGCAAAGAUAAAACACUGACAAUGGCACAUCGAGGAAGGUGUCGAGUGAAGUUUCUGUUGCCGGCGGCUCCAGCGCCUACCUCCCCGUCUGACGGGAGAGACCCAGAGUCUAAAGAUGCAGGCCAGUCAAAGUGCCUUGUUGAGAGGAACCAGGCUCUGGAGCAGUCCAGGAGGCCUCAGGAGUCCACGUUUAUCCCAGAAUGCAAUGAGGAUGGAACGUUUGCCCAGGUCCAGUGCCACACUCUGACAGGUUAUUGCUGGUGUGUCACCACUGACGGCAAGCCAGUGAGCGGUUCCUCUGUGCAUAACAGGAGGCCUGUUUGUUCAGGAAACUUCAGUGAAAAUAUGGGAACUCAUGCUGGAACGCGUGGAUUCUCAGUUAGGUCAGUAACUGACAGACCACCUGGGCCCCCAAAUGCGGGUAGAAAAGACGAUGGCUCCAAGCCCACACCGACCAUGGAGACCCACAUCCCCCCCGAGGGUGAGGAGAUAACUGCUCCAACACUAUGGAUAAAACAUCUGGUGUACAAGGAGAAUAGGCAAAACAGCUCAUCUUCUAGAAAGCAAGAAAAGGUUCCCUCUUGUGACCAGGAGAGACAGAAUGCUCUGACUGAGGCUCAGCAAAGUUCUCGAGAGUCCAUCAUAAUCCCAGACUGUGGGUCUGGAGGCCUUUACAAACCAGUCCAGUGCCACCAGUAUACUGGUUACUGCUGGUGUGUUAUGGUGGAUACAGGACGGCCGAUCCCUGGAACUUCAACCUUGUACAAGACGCCAGAGUGUGACGAAGGUGCACGGUCUCAUGCCGCAGACACAGAGGAUCCAUUCAACGACAGACCCUUGCAAGGCUGCCCGGAGGGAAAGAAGGGGGAAUUCAUUACAAGCUUGUUAGACGCCCUUACAACCGACAUGGUGCAAGCCAUAAACUCACCAGCCCCCUCAGGUGGUGGGAGGUUUGUUGAACCUGAUCCCAGUCACACUCUGGAGGAAAGGGUGGUGGAUUGGUACUUUGCCCAGCUGGAUAACAACGGUAGCAACGAUAUUACCAAGAAGGAACUCAAACCUUUCAAGAGGUACCUGAAGAAGAAAGCAAAACCUAAGAAAUGCGCCCGCAAGUUCACCGACUACUGUGAUCUGAAUAAGGACAAGGCUAUUUCGCUGCAGGAGCUGAAAGGCUGCCUUGGUGUCAGCAAAGAGGGGAGCUCAUUGACAGCUGGCAGCCAAGGGACAAGGCAAGGGACAAAACUGUUCAUAGGCCGUCUGGUGUGAAGAGAGAAGGAGCGAAGCGGCUGAAAGGAGAGCAGAGGGGACACAGGCGAAGCACCUGCACGCUUCCUGACGGGAAGUAAAGACGGAGCAGAAAAAUAAGGAAGUUUCUGAAUAAAAAAAAAGAGAGAAAACAAGAAAACAAGAAAAGCAGCAAAGCGGCGCCAAAAUAUUUGCACUUUUUCCUCCCUAUGUCUGACAUAUUUCUUGCUUUUACAUGUUUUUUAUUUUUUAUUUUGAUGUGACUGAUAAUUCACAAAGUAAGAAUGAGAAUAUAUUUGUAAAGAGACGAUAGGCUCACCACUGGAAGAGCAUGUAUGAGUGUUUCCUCUCCCCUGUAUGUUAAGUCUGCUGUUUUGAUUUGUUCAGUCCAUGUUCUAAUCCGAGACCUGUCCAAAUAAAAGGUACGCCCCCUGUCUGAUGAGCAGGCAGAUCAGUAGCAAAUCUUAAAGUUCGAUCUAACUGUUACCUGAUGAAGACCCUGAACAACUAAAAGUGGUAAAUUUAGUUUGCCUUAAACAUGCAACUUUAGCUAAAACGCACACAUGUUCAAUGAGUGUAACUACCAUUUAAUAAAAUCCAAGAAUUCCCUUAUGCUGCAUGGAUAAUUUAAGAUGCAUUGGAUUUUUGCCACAAGAAAACAUAUGUUUUCCAUAAAUAUAUUAUGCAAGAACAAACUAGCUGUAAUUACUUAAAUAUACCGCCCUAAAACUACUGCAAGUCAGCUAAGCUUUCUGAAAAAAAAAAAAACUUCACAAACAGUAUGUUCUCCAAAAGUAUAAAUAGACAAGGUCAAGAAACGAGUUUUCGGGCACACUGGAGUUAUUUAGACACAGGCGCUGUAGUAGUGUAGCAUAUUAAAAUGUUUUUUUUUUUUGUUGUUUAUUUUUCUUAGACCCAACAAGUGCAAUGUUAAAGCAACAUACCAACCGUAAACAGGACAAAUGCCAUUAUGAAGGGAUUAUUUAAAUUGGAGGACUGAAAUUUUUUGUGUAAGAAUUAAUCCACACACAACAGCUGUAAUAUUUCACCUACUUCCAUCGUCAUUUGAUUAAGUUAUAACAUUGCUGUGUAUCAUUGUGAUUUAAAGACAAACCGACAUGCAUCACAAGGAAAAUGAUACAUGAUUUUACAAUAAUCUAGAAAUAGAAAUCGGAAAAGUGUGCAUGUUUGCUCUGAGCCCCACUCCCUUAAUUGAAUACAUUGUUGAACAACCUUUUUUCUCCAAUAACAGCUGCAAGUCUGUUUCAGUUAGGGAAUGGUGUUUACAGGGUGAUGGGGUGCGGUUUUCUUGAACAUAUCUUCUUUAGCUAUUGUUUUAACUAUUGACACUGCUUUAAAUAAUUUCCUUGGCCUUUAUGCUGUGGUCUUUAUGAUGCUGAUGGUUCACUUAUGUUCUCUAGUGAGUCCUGAGGCCCUCAAAGCAUUUUUAAAUGUUAAUUAGGUGACAUCUUAAUCAGGAUCAGAAUUACCUUAUUAAUUGCUUGCAGAAAAUUAUUUUCCUGCAGAGCAUCCGUUUACAGAAGAGAUGAAUAAGAUUGUAAGUAAGUAAAGCAAACCAUUGGAUUUUUAUUCAAGAGUAUAAGGGUAAAGGGGGGAUGAAUAUAAAUGCAAACCACAUUUUUCAGUUUGAGAACCGUGAAUCUUUUUUGCUUCCAUUUCAUGCUGAUGCAGAACAUUGUGUUGGUCCAUUGCAAUAAAGGAAAUUGAAAUUUGAGGUUGUUAAGGGUGAAAACUUUGAAACAUUUAAUUAAUAUAGCGAGACACCUGGGUUCGUUACCUUGGUGAAAUUUCAGCAUAAUUUUUUACAUGAAAUUGUAAUUUGUCCAGUAUUAGGCUAGGUAACAUCAAAUGAUUCCUUGUCCAUUUAUUGAUUUACAACCUUAUAAAGUAGAAUUUUGAACUAAUAUGAACAUCAGGUUUUUGAGAAAUGUUCGUUUAAAAAUCAAAAUUGCUGAUCAUGGUUUACAAUAAUUCAAAUUUAUCAGCUACCUCUGGAAACUAACCCUGCCAGGUGAUUGAGUCUCUUUCAGUUGGUAAUGAUUUAGGGUUUUCACAGGUGCAGAAAUAGAUUUUAUAUAUUUGUGUUAUUACUAGAGGAUGAAAUAAAGGUUCAGCUAACAAGGUUAGUGAAUUAAAAUCAAUUACACCAAAAGUAAAAUCUGGCAUGCACAGACUUCACUUCAUUUUACAAAUACAAACACAUUUUAUCUGCAGUGAUAAAGUUAUAGUUUGUCCCAGAAGCAGCUAAUGUCUGUGUUUGUCCUACAAUCAACCAGGACCCUCAGGAUCAAAUCUGUCCCACUGUAGAUAUAAAAGCAGGAACCUAUGAUUGGGAAAAGAACAGAUCAGGGAGGGGAAGAAUCUUUCAGGAAUGUCAAGUAUAAAAAUUCCUCUCCGCAUUUGGGAACAAUUGGGUUUCAAAGUUGGAGAAAAAAAAUAAUAAAUGCCUUCACUGCUGAGUUCUGAAAGCUUGUGUAUUUGUUUGAGUUGUGCUUUUUUUUCUUUUUCCCACGACUCUGCAGCGUCUAAUGAACAUGAAACAGAGCAGGCUUUUGUUGUAAAUAUGUACGAUAACCUUUGUUUGACAGUUUUACUAAAUCUCACUACAGUGGCAUAAUUUCAUGUACUCCACUGUCCGCAUAGCUUCUUGUAAAACACAUCCUUUUCUGUCUGUUUACCUCAUGUCAAACAUUUGGCUUAUUGAGUAACUCAUUCACAUUUAAA